AUGGCCCCCGAGCCGGUAGCCGCUCUUGACCCUGUGUUUGAGCAUGACCCUAUUCAUGCUGGUAUGCCCGUUGUUGAUCCUGUGAUUGCUGACCUACCCAUUGAUGAUCACCCGGUUGAUGCUCCACUAUUGGAGGGUGACCAUGUUGUUGCUGCUGACCCUGUUGAUGCCCCUUUCAUCGCUGAUGCACCCGUUGACCCUGUUGUUGCUCCUCUACCUGAUCUUGUUCCCCUGGAGCCCGAGCAUGCACUAUUCGCGACCCACAUUGAUCCCAGGUAUGCGCACACCCAGAAUGGGUGGAUUGACGCUGAUGAUGAGCUCCCACCUAUUCCCCCACAUACCACCGAUGCACGUCACAUUGAUUCCUCUUUUUCGUUCCCUCAGUUCACACCUCCAGCUCGGCCUGGAGAGGGUUCUUCGGCUCAUCCCUUUGGACAUGUGCCGGUAUCUAUCCCAGUGGUACCACAGUUUUCUACUGCUAUUCCCCCUGUUCCUCCAUUCUCUGCGCCACCUUUCGAUCCAGCCAGACUCAGCUGCACGCCUUUUGGCACUGGAGCAUCAGAUGGCGUCCUGGUUGCGUUCCCAGAGAGCCAUGGAGGAGGACUGGCUCCAUUUGAGAUGAUUGUUCUAUUCCCAUUUCCCCCUCCUCCACCGCCAUCAGUAUAG